ACCAUUAUUAUCCCUCUCCAUCCAUGUCUCUUUUCCCUCUCUCACUGUUUUUAUAAGUUUGAUUGCCAAAUCAAUAUCCAUGGCUUCGGAGGACAGAAACGAAGAAGAGCUUCACGUUCUAUUGGUGGCAUUCUCAGCCCAAGGUCACAUCAACCCUUUGCUUAGGCUUGGCAAAAAACUACUAACCAGAGGCCUCCACGUCACCCUCGCCACCACCGAAUUAGUUUACCACCGCGUCUUCAAGUCCUCCGCCGCCACCCCCACCGCCACCGUCCCCACUUCAAUCACCACCAACGGAAUCCAAGUGCUAUUCUUCUCCGACGGCUUCGGAACCGGCCUAGACAACAAGACCAUCACCCCCGACCAAUACAUGGAACUCAUAGGAAAAUUUGGUCCCAUCAGCCUCUCCAACAUCAUCAAAGACCACUUCCUCAACGGUUCCCAAAAACUCGUUUGCAUCAUCAACAACCCCUUUGUCCCAUGGGUUGCAGAUGUAGCUGCCAACUUCAACAUCCCAUGCGCAUGUCUCUGGAUCCAACCCUGUGCUCUCUACGCCAUAUACUACCGUUUCUACAACAACCUUAACACGUUCCCCACUCUGGAGGACCCUUCAAUGAAUGUCGAGUUACCAGGUCUUCCCUUACUACAACCCCAAGACCUUCCUUCUUUCGUUCUCCCAUCAAACCCCCAUGGAAGUAUUCCCAAGGUGCUGUCUUCGAUGUUCCAACACAUGAAGAAGCUGAAGUGGGUACUCGCGAACUCGUUUCACGAACUGGAGAAAGAGGUAAUAGACUCCAUGGCUGAGUUAUGCCCCAUAACAACGGUGGGCCCACUAGUCCCUCCAUCGUUACUCGGCCAAGACGAAAACAUCGAAGAAGACGUGGGAAUCGAAAUGUGGAAGCCACAGGACUCGUGCAUGGAGUGGCUAAACCAGCAACCUCCUUCUUCGGUUAUCUACGUUUCCUUUGGGAGCAUUAUUGUGCUUACCGCUAAACAAUUGGAGAGCAUUGCGAGGGCUCUUAGGAACAGUGAAAAACCUUUUCUUUGGGUGGUUAAGCGUCGAGAUGGAGAAGAAGCGCUUCCACUUCCAGAAGGGUUUGUUGAAGAGACCAAAGAGAAGGGCAUGGUGGUGCCGUGGUGCCCGCAAACGAAGGUGCUGAGUCACCCUUCGGUGGCGUGUUUCUUAACGCACUGUGGUUGGAAUUCGAUGCUGGAAGCAAUCACUGCGGGCACGCCCAUGAUUGCUUGGCCGCAAUGGACCGACCAACCCACCAACGCGAAACUGAUUUCGGAUGUGUUUCGUUUGGGGAUUCGGCUCGCGCAGGAGAGUGAUGGGUUCGUUGCGACGGAGGAAAUGGAAAGGGCUUUUGAGCGGAUUUUCUCGGCGGGGGACUUUAAGAGAAAGGCGUCGGAGCUAAAACGGGCGGCGAGAGAAGCGGUGGCUCAGGGUGGCUCGUCGGAGCAGAAUAUCCAAUGCUUCGUGGAUGAAAUUCUAGGGACAAAGUCUACUUGAUGGUUGGACCAGGACCAGAUACAGCUUUGGUAACUUCUUGUCGGUAUUGGAGAUUAAGAUUCUGCUAGAGUUUGGAGUUUUAUGAUCAUUAUAUUUAUCGCCUUCUUCCAAAAAAAGUUGUGGUUAUUAUUUUUAAUUCCUAGUUUUGUGCUUACUAUGAUUCGGUGAUUACAUAAUUAUAGAACAAGAACAAGGGUCACAGGACUUUGUGGAUAUGUCAUGUGUGUAACCAAAGACUUUCUUUUAAUGUCAAUAUUAGAAUAGUUGAGAUUUUGACUCUCAAGUCUCAAGUCUUGACAAUUUUGUCAUUAAAAAAGUUUUUCAUAAGUUAAAGAAAGAGUGUUUUUAGAUCGGGA